AGGAUUUGAGUGCUGGUGCUGUAGAGAUAGGAAGUGUGUGGAAUACCAGGUCUGACACCGCUUCGGCACCCAGCACGCGGGUAACAUCAUGUACUAUAAGUUCAGCGGGCUCACACAGAAGCUGGUCGGGACUGUCCCGGCUGAGGCUUAUAGUCCGCAGGGACUACGGCCAGCCAUUUUAUCUGAGGGAUCUACCACUAUAUUUGCCACUCCAACAAAAAUAGCAUCUGAAUCUGCAGCAGCUUCCGAAUACUUAGGUCAUAACAAAGUACCAGACUUUCAAAAGCUAUUUCAGAAAUCGGAUGGGCUUCCUGUACACCUUAAGCGUGGACUACCAGAUAGACUGCUUUAUCGGACCACUAUGGCAUUAACAGUUGGAGGAACUAUCUACUGUCUUGUAGCCCUUUACCUGGCAGCGCAACCUAAAAAUAAAAAAUAAAUUCUAAAAUGGGA